UAGCAAUGUCUUAUGCGAUGAGGAGUUUGGUGGAGGAUGAUAACAGAUACCUCAAGUCCUUCCAGUUGUUCCUGGAAUGCUCCUCUGAACAUCAGUGCAUGCAGGACUUCAUCCACGUCAUCCUGCCUGACAUACUAGCCAGAAUUGGAGAGGGAAAAGCCAAUCUUAAUGUGAUGGGAGUCGGAAGUGGAGCAGGUGAGGUUGACCUGGAGAUGUUCUCGGAGCUGCGUCUGAAGCAUCUUGCCAUAACUGUGGACAAUCAGGUGGUGGAGCCCAGCGCGCAGCAGUUACACCUUUAUAAAGUUUUGGUGUCCCAGAAACCAAAUCUAGAUUACAUUAAAUUCACCUGGAAUAAGAUGACUGCCACUGAGUUUGAGAAGGACUGGCGAGAGAAGAACUAUACCAAGAAGAUGGACUUCAUACACAUGAUACAGAUGUUGUAUUACGUGAAGGAUCCUUGUGCUACAGUGUCAUUCUACCAGAGCCUCCUGGACAAGAAAGGAAAACUACUUAUCAUUCUGGUGUCUGGUGAGAGUGGCUGGGGGAAGCAUUGGAGGACCUUCAAGACCCAACUGUGUAACACAGGGAGCAGUCAAUGUGUCACUACAGGUGAUAUUAAAACCUACCUGGACUCUAAGACAGUGAGUUACCAGAGCUACGAGCUACCUUCUCAGAUUGAUAUCACAGAGUGUUUCACUGAGGGGGACCAGAGAGGAGAGCUACUGCUGGACUUCCUGACUGAGGUGUUGAACUUCAGCAGCACGGCUCCUGCAGAGCUGAAGGCUAGAGCUCUGGAGCUGCUGAGACACCCAGACUGUAGUAAAGAGGUAGAGGGAAGGGUUAUCUUCAAUAACACCCUGGGAGUGCUGGUCGUUGACCCUCUACAGUAA